UAUAUCCAUAGAAUACUGACUGAGAGAUCAUGCUUUCUUUUGUCAAGAUUUAAAGAGGACAGCAUUUGUUUAGCUUCCCCUGGCCUGUUAUGCCAAAAUGGCAGGCCUAGUGAAGGGAUCCAUGACGGCAGAGACAGGGAGCAGUACAGAGGGGAGUCCCAAGAGGAAUUAACAGAUGGCAAACUGACAACACAUUAAGUUUAAUGUAGGCCUCAAACUGUCCUGAGAGCAAGGCAGCAGGGUACUGUGGUUAACAGACUAACAUGGCAAUGAAAAACAGCCUGUAUACAGUCUAGUUGCCAAAUUUGUCUACACCUCACCCAAAAUCUAGUUCACCUCAUCUAAAUGCCUGUUUCUUGUUGAAUAAAAACAUGCUUUUUACACCCCUUUUCCUGUAAGCUUUUCCUGAUCACCAAUUUUCUAAAACAUCAAUUAUCUACUGACUAAAUAUGCCGGAGCACCUUAUUUAUCACAGUGUUGGAGGAAUUGCCCGAGCCUAAUGGUGUGCACUGCCUCCCUGUGUUGUUCUCUGCUGCCGGAGUGUCAGCCAUUUUAGAGAGCUUCCCCUUUCUGUCCCUCUGCUCCAAGCACACUGGUUAUUUGUAUGUAAGAGAGAAGGAAAGAAGAAGGGAAGGACUUCCUCUGAAAAGGCUCUGCACACAAACCUCAUCUCAUCAGAGAGGCUUGAAAACCUGUUUGAAGUCGACAAGGCUUAUAUCCACGAUGAGGCAGAGUAUGCUAAAGAAGAGUUGGAGAGAGAGGGAGAGGGUUACGACUUCCUCACUGUCUGGGAGGCCGGUGACAUUUUCAGUCCUGUCUUUGUGUUCACUAUUAAGGCCCAUGCUGCACAUCAACAUGCUGAGCCACAUAAUAAGCUGCAUGUGGUCCCUCACAGUAGAUUUGACUGGUGCUGCUGUGUGUAUGUGCUGUGUGUGCGGUACACAUAUUGGUCAGUGAGAGAGAAGGAGAGAGACGGAGAGAGGGAGAGAGAGAGAGAGAGAGAGAGAAAGAGAGAGAGUCUUCAAAAUGGACGCCUUGCACAUACACUGGUUGAGAGCACAGCGAGGGAGGGAAUCUGAUCCUCUCCCGGUAAAGCCUGAAGAGCUACGCCUUACAUGUCUGAUAAAAGGCACACAGACAGUACACGUCUGAAUGAGGUUUUAAGGGAGUGAGGGACUCUGUUUUCAGGAGGUUUUUUAACAAACCGUGAGGAGAAGUCCUCUCUGCAUUGCAGCAUUGUGGCAGAGGAGAGUGGGGAGAAAAGAGCCCGUGUGCCACACUGAGGCUGAGCACCCAAUCAGGCACCUCCGUGUGGUGCCGGAGCCAAUCGGCAGUCUGCAGCCGAGGUUAAAGAUUGACAAUUGCAGGAGAGAGCAGCAGGGAGAGAAGGCCUUCUGGGAAACCUGGACCCAUCGUUUACCUCAUCCCCCAACGCCCUCAAUAAUUGAAAAAAGAUUAAAGAAUAGGCUGGAGAAUCUGUAUGUGAGUAAGGAAAAAGUGUGACAGAGGAAGAGGGAAAAGAAACGGCAGCAGAAGGAAUGGAGAUAUCAACACGAUCCAAAGUUUCAGACACAGGGUCAACGGAGCGGAUGUCCCAAAAACGAAAGAUGCCAAGUCCAUCUCAAUCAUCCAAUGGCCACUCCUCCGCCGAAACCUCUCCCUGCCCAAUUAAAAAGAAGAAGAAACCCGGUGCUGUCGGCAGUAGCAAAGACCAGUCAGAACUAAGACACGGCCCCUUUUACUAUGUGAAGCAGCCAGCACUCACCACAGACCCUGUUGAUGUUGUACCGCAGGACGGCAGGAAUGACUUCUACUGCUGGCUGUGCCACCGCGAGGGCCAGGUGCUCUGCUGUGAGCUCUGCCCCAGGGUGUACCACGCCAAGUGCCUCAAACUACCAGCCGAGCCUGAUGGCGACUGGUUCUGUCCGGAGUGUGAGAAAAUAACAGUUGCCGAGUGCAUAGAGACUCAGAGCAAAGCCAUGAUGAUGCUAACUAUAGACCAGCUGUCUUACCUACUAAAGUUUGCCCUUCAGAAGAUGAAACAACCAGGUGAUCAUCCCCGCUUGUCAUCUCGCUCCCCCCAUGCAGCUUCCACGCAGAGAAAGACUUUUAAUUGGACUGAACCCUUCCAGAAACCUGUCUCUCUUGAACAACAUCCAGAUUAUGCGGAGUACAUUUUUCAUCCUAUGGAUCUUUGCACACUUGAGAAGAAUAUCAAAAAGAAAAUGUAUGGCUGCACAGAGGCCUUCUUGGCAGAUGCAAAAUGGAUUUUGCACAACUGUAUUAUAUAUAAUGGAGGCAAUCACAAACUCACAGCUACAGCUAAAGUUAUAGUAAAAAUCUGUGAACAUGAGAUGAACGAGAUUGAAGUUUGUCCUGAGUGUUAUUUGUCUGCUUGCCAAAAGAGAGACAACUGGUUUUGUGAGCCUUGUAGUAACCCACAUCCUCUAGUGUGGGCCAAACUGAAAGGAUUUCCAUUCUGGCCUGCUAAAGCUCUGCGGGACAAAGACGGACAGGUGGACGCUCGUUUCUUUGGUCAACAUGACAGGGCAUGGGUUCCUUUAAACAACUGCUACCUCAUGUCAAAAGAAAUUCCAUUCUCUGUGAAGAAGACCAAAAGCAUCUUCAACAGUGCCAUGCAAGAGAUGGAGGUCUAUGUGGAGAACAUGAAGAAGAAGUUUGGAGUGUUUAACUACGCACCCUUCAGGACACCAUACACUCCUGACAACAACUUCCAGAUGCUGCUGGACCCCUCCAACCCCUCGUCCACUCCAGUCAAAACUGAGAAACAGGAGAAGAUCAAGCUGAGCUUCGACAUGACCGCCUCGCCCAAGAUCCCUCUGGCAAGAACCAUGUUGUCUGGGGCUGGGCUGGGAGGGGGCACAGUUGGGCGUCGGCUCCCUCUAAGUGACAUGCCUCGCUCCCCCAUGAGCACCAACUCCUCUGCCCACACCGGUUCAGAUGGGGAACAGGAGACAGCAGACAAGUCGCAGGCAAAAGCCCAGAACAGCCAGUACAGUGCAGGAGAGGAGUCCAUGGACUGUACAGCAUCACCUGCCCAUCCUCGACUUUGUCCUGCAGGCAGUUCAUUGGACAGCCCUAAACCAUUCCACUCUCAAGCUCCUGGCCACCCCAAGCAGGAGAAGACACCACAGACAGGAAGCAUUCUCAACCUCAAUCUAGAUCGGAGCAAAGCAGAAAUGGACCUAAAAGAGCUAAGUGAAACAGUUCAGCAGAAGCAAGGAACCACACCAGUCCUCACGUCUCCAAAAAGACAGAUUAAGAGCCGUUUUCAGCUGAACCUGGACAAAACCAUUGAGAGCUGCAAAGCACAGUUGGGUAUUGAUGAGAUCUCUGUGGAUGUGUAUAAAGGUGUGGAACACAGUGACUCAGAGGAAUCUGAUAAGUCUGACUCAAGUGACAGUGAGUAUGCCAGUGACGAUGAGCAAAAGACCAAGGAAGGCCAGGACGAAGCAACUAAUGAUGAAGCCCAGAAGGACACGAUCAAAAAUAAAGUCAAAGACCUGUCAUCUACAAGCCAAGAUAAAGAGGGUAAAACUGAUACCCUCCUGGCAUCUGAGUCUGCAGCAGGUGACACAGCUCCAACAGCAUCAGAUGUUCCAGCUAAAGAGAAAAUAAGCACUGAUUCAGGAAAACAAAGCCCAGAGAAGAGCAAAGCACCUCCAGCAGUAUCACCUCCUCCCAGAGACAAGUCUCAGGUGAAAGACGAGGGGAAGCAGCCUGUGCCCGUGGAGGACUCUGACUCUGAGAGGGAGCUGGUUAUUGACCUUGGAGAGGAACAGAGGGGCAAAGACAGGAAGAGGGGUAGGAAAGACACCACCUCUGUAAAAGAGUCACCUGCUAGUAAACCUGAAGGCAAAGCACUGACCCCAUCAACAGUGCCAUCUCAAAACAGUGCAGCUCUCUCCACACCCUCCACUGUCUCCACACAGUCCCCAAUGGCCAUUCCUGUCACCAUGGUCUCCUUCACUGCUCCCUCCCCCACAACCAUAAGCCUAGCAACGGUGUCCAGUGCCACAGCAUCGCCCCCCUCCUCCUCCUCCUCCCCCUCAGCCUCCACCGCUCCAGCUUUGAAGAAACAGCGCCCUCUGCUGCCCAGAGAGACGGUGCCCGUGGUGCAGAGAGCUGUGGUGUGGAAUCCCACUACCAAGUUUCAGACCUCCUCGCAGAAGUGGCACAUGCAGAAGGUGCAACGUCAGCAACAGAGCCAGCAACCUGUUGCAACCACCCAGGCGCAGGCCUCGUCACCUAGGCAAGGCCAGGCUCAAGUGGUGACCCAGACUCAGGCUGGGACUGCGUCGACAGCGGUGUCCUCAUCCUCCGCUCAACAGUCUUCACAAAGUACACGCUAUCAGACCAGACAGGCUGUCAAAGCUGUUCAACAAAAAGACACUCCACUCAGCACAAACACGUCUGCUGUCACCCUGGUAUCCAGUAGUCCAGCUUCUGUUGCCAUGAUGGCAACAACAAGUCUAGGAACAGCAGCUUCGUCAUCGCCGGUGGCAACAGACCUGUAUAUCCCCACUGCCUCUGCAGAUGUGGCUGCAGACAUUGCCAAGUACACAAAUAAAAUAAUGGAUGCAAUCAAAGGUUCAAUGACUGAAAUCUACAAUGACCUUUCUAAGAGUACUUCAGGAAACACAAUAGCAGAGAUAAGACGACUGAGAAUUGAAAUUGAAAAAUUACAGUGGUUGCAUCAACAAGAGUUGUCAGAAAUGAAGCACAAUCUUGAGCUGACAAUGGCAGAGAUGAGGCAAAGUCUGGAGCAGGAGAGAGAGAGGUUGGUGACUGAGGUGAAGAAACAGAUAGAGCAGGAGAAACAACAGGCAGUGGACGAGACGAAGAAGAAACAGUGGUGCGCUAACUGCAGGAAAGAAGCCAUCUUCUACUGCUGCUGGAACACAAGCUACUGCGAUUACCCCUGUCAGCAAGCCCACUGGCCGGAGCAUAUGAAGUCCUGCACACAGUCAGCCACAGCUCCACAGCAAGAACCCGAUGCUGAAUCGACAGCAGACCCCCCAAACAAAGGAGUAGGGCAGACGAGCAGUGGCCCGAACUCUCUCAGAGACAUGCCUGUCUCUGCACCAUCAGAAAAAGACUGUGACGUGGAGAAAAGUGCUGACAGUGUUGCAGUUUCUUUAUCCUAACCCAACUUACUAUACUUGAAAAUGUAAAUGUAUAGAGUGUUUGUUUUUUUAUCACUACAAUGAUGUGUUCAUAUAUAUUGUUCUGUUCAAGUGGCUGUUAAGGGAGCAAUCCAAAUAAUUUUUAUUUAUAUAUAUUUUUGUCUGCCUAUCGGGGCUCACACACUGACCCUGACACGUAAUGGUCUUUAAAACAUUUUAAAUGUAGAAACAAGACUGGCAGCAGAUAGUUAGCAACCACUGGAGGGAGCAGUCUAAAAAAGUACACUGCAUACUGAAGCACUUUGUUGCCAUCUAUAUAGAGCUGCUAGUAUAAAUAAAGAUCUGAAGAGCAUGCUGAGUGUCACAAAACAUCCACAUAGUGUAAAGGACAACAGUGUAACAGUUAAAAACUGCAAAAAAUGUAACCCUGUUUAUGGACCACCUCGGAUUUAGAUUAGAGGACUGUUGACAGAAAUGUCUGUACAUUUUUUUAUUUUGUAUUCUAUGUUAAUUUAUUUGUUAUUCUAAUGUUGCCUGCUGUAUACUACAAAGAAAAUAACAAAUACAAACAUUUUAAAUGAG